AUGGAGCUGGAGGCGGCGACCCGGCGGUUCCACCUCUGGUUCCGCGGGCUGCGCUGCGCUGCGCUGCGCCGCGACCUGAGCUCGGCCCGCUGGUCAGACGACCCGCCCCAGCUGGAGGCUCUGGUGGGCCGGUUCGUGGCCCACCUGGAGUCGUACUGCGCGGAGCUGGACCCGGUGUGGACGCUGUCGGCGCCGUGGGCCAGCCCCGCGGAGCGCGGCGCCGCGUACUGGCUGGCCGGGUGGCGCCCCACCACGCUGGUCCACCUGCUCUACACCGAGUCCGGGCGCCGGUUCGAGGCGCAGCUGCCGGACCUGCUCCUGGGCGUGCGUUCGGGGAACCUGGGCGACCUCAGCCCGGCGCAGCUGGCGCAGGUGGACGAGCUGCAGCGGCGCACGGUGGCCGAGGAGGACGCGCUGUCGCGGGAGAUGGCGGAGGUGCAGGAGGGCCGCGGCGUGGCGGUGGCGCCGGCGCCGCCCGGGGGCGGGGGCGGGGGCGGCGAGCUGGAGCUGGAGCUGGACGUGCGCGGGCUGGUGCGCCGGGUCAGGUCGGUGCUGGACAGGGCGGACGCGCUGCGGCUGCGCACCAUGAAGCGCGCGGUGGAGAUCCUGCAGCCGGCGCAGGCGGCCGAGCUGCUUAUCGCCGCCGCCGACAUGGAGAUCGGCUUCCGGGAGUUCGGGCUCAAUUACGGAUCGGGCCGCGACAAAUAACCCCCGUCGUGUUUUCCUUUGGAAUUUCUACCUGCACGUUUGUUUGCCGGCUGCUUGAUCCGGGCCGGCGUAGGCGUCGUAACCCAGUUUUUUUAUGUAUCCAUCCCCCCAUUUUGUUUGUGUGGUGUGGCGGCCGUUUUGACUGGGCUUUCUUACUGAAUGCCUACUGGGCCGUGGGCUGUAGCAGGGCAUGCAAAGAA